UGCCCUGAGGAUUUCUGGUCCAACGAAAACCACACCUCUUGCAUUCCGAAGCAAAUAGAGUUCCUGUCCUGGACUGAGCCCUUUGGAAUAGCUCUAACUCUCUUUGCUGUGCUAGGAAUUUUCCUGACCUCAUUCGUUCUGGGGGUCUUCACCAAAUUCCGCAACACACCCAUUGUCAAGGCCACCAACCGGGAGUUGUUCUACCUCCUCCUGUUCUCCCUGCUGUGCUGCUUCUCCAGCUCCCUGUUCUUCAUUGGCAAGCCCCAGGACUGGACUUGCCGCUUGCGCCAGCCAGCCUUUGGCAUCAGCUUUGUCCUCUGCAUCUCCUGCAUCCUGGUAAAGACAAAUCGUGUCCUGCUGGUUUUUGAAGCCAAGAUCCCUACAAGCCUCCAUCGCAAAUGGUGGGGCCUCAACCUGCAGUUCCUUCUGGUCUUCUUGUGCACUUUUGUGCAGAUCAUCAUCUGUGUGAUCUGGCUCUACACAGCUCCCCCCUCCAGCUACCGGAACCAUGAGCUGGAGGACGAGAUCAUCUUCCUCACCUGCCAUGAAGGCUCCCUGAUGGCUCUGGGCCUCUUGAUUGGUUACACCUGCCUUCUGGCUGCCAUCUGCUUCUUCUUCGCUUUCAAGUCUCGGAAGCUGCCUGAAUUCAACGAAGCCAAGUUCAUCACCUUCAGCAUGCUGAUCUUCUUCAUUGUAUGGAUCUCCUUCAUACCUGCCUAU